AUGCCUGCCACCUUGUUCCACUCCAACCUGCCUGCACUCUCCUUCACCUCUCUGCCACACUCUCCACUACUUUGGACAGAUGACCCAAAUACGCAACACUUGUUGGUGACUAAAGAAGAAAUUUUCCCUGAACACCAGGAGUGGAAACUCAGUGUUGACCAGGAGGAGAUUAAAGAGGAACAACAGAAAGUCUCAAUAAGUCAGCAAGAAGAGCAGCUUCACCAGCUGGAGGAGGAUGAUAUCACUGAUGUCCCUGUAAAGAAUGAGAAUGGUAAAAAACCACUGUCAUUACAGGUUCGCCAAAGUGAUGAGACCACAGAGGCUGAGCCUGUAGCCAGCAGCUCUUCUGUACACAGAACACUGACAGCACAAGCUGAUGGAGAGGACUAUAGUGGACCGCAGCCAGCCAGCAAUUCAAGUCCAAAUAGUAAUUUACAACCAAAUACCAAUGACAGGAGUUCAGACAGUUCUGAACCUGAGACUGACAACAGUUGUGAUUGGAAACAGACAAGAGAACUGCAUUCAGGUUUUAACUGUCAAACAAAUGUAUCAAAACAACACAGAAAAAUACAAGCAAAUGAAAAACCAUUUGAGUGUUCUGAAUGUGGUAAAAGAUUUGGACACAAGAGCAUUUUACUCAAACACAAGAGAAUUCAUACAGGUGAGAAACCAUAUCACUGUUCUGAUUGUGGGAAAGGAUUUGGACAGAAGGAUGAUCUGAUCAAACACAUGAGAAUUCAUACGGGAGAGAAACCAUUUGACUGUUCCGAUUGUGGCAAAAGAUUUGGACAGAAGGGGGAUCUGAUUAUACAUAUGAGAAUUCAUACAGGAGAGAAGCCUUUUGAUUGUUCUGAUUGUGGUAAAAUAUUUAGACACAAAGGCAGUCUGAUCACGCACAUGAGAAUUCAUACGGGUCAGAAACCAUUCGGCUGUACUGACUGUGGUAAAAGAUUUAGACACCAGGGCAGUCUGAUCACACACAUGCUAAUUCAUACGGGUCAGAAACCAUUUUUGUGUUUUGAGUGUGGGUUUGAGAGUAACUCGUCCACUCGUCACACUGGUGCUACCACCUUUCAGGUUGUACCAUAA